CAGGUGAAAGAACAAACUCUUGAGCUAUGUCAUUUUACAGUUCAGCAGAUAUUCUAACUAGAGAGUAAAUGUGUUUAAUGGGCUUGCCAACAACAAUAUGGAUGAUUUGAAGAUAAAUACUGAGAUUACUGGUGCUAAAGAAGAACUAAAUGACACCAAUUUCAUCUCUGAGAAAGAGAGUGGUAUUCUUAAACCACAAGAGUGUCAACUGUCAUUUCAGAAAAACAAUAUAUUGACUCUGCCUGAAGAGCUAUCCAGGGACAGAUCUGAAAAAGCCUUAAGCGGAGGCCAGUCUACUCCAUUUAUCCAUGCUGGUGCUCCUACUGUUUCUAGUGAAAAGUUUAUCUUGCCUAAAGGAACUGCUGUUAAUGGACCAGUUUCACACUCCUUAACUAAGACUUCCAUUAUGAGUAAAGGCAGCAUUUCAUUACCCACUGGACAACCCAUGAGUCAGCAAACAACAGAUUCCUGUUCAACUUUGAAAGUGGCACAUGAUCCCCAGCUGUCCACAAAAACUACACCACAAAAUUCAAGUCAACACCAAGUUUUAUUUUUGUUACCUGAUGUAGCACAGACUAAAAAUCCCAUCCAUUCCAUUAAGAAACCUACCUCUGCUUCAGUUGGUUGUGAUAAACAAAAAUCAGUAGGGAGUAGUGUGAAGUCAGAUAGCACUUUAAUAAAUCAAAUAGAGGAGUGUGAGGACAGUGAAAGUUUAUUAGCAAAAGAUGAUUCUGUCAAAACAUUAACAGGUAUUUCCUCAGGUACAGAUGAUUUCAGAUCAGGAAAUGAUACAAACUGGGAUCCACAAAAAGAGUUUAUCCAGUUUCUUAUGACAAAUGAAGAAACCAUAGAAAAGUCGCCAGUUCACUGUAAAGUAGGGUUAGAGAAAAAGAGAAAAAGAAAAAUGGAUGUAAGCAAGAUAACUCGUUAUACUGAGGAUUGUUUUAGUGAAUCAAAUUAUAUGACCACUAAAUCAAAACUACUAAAUGUAGAAUUUCUAGAGCAAAGUGAAGAACUACAAAUAACAGAACCACAGAAAUACCCGUUGUCAAAAGUUAAGCCUGAAUCAGCAGAUGAAGACUUAGAUGAUGUGGAUGCUAUUCAACAACUGAUUUAUAGCCCAGAUAAAUGUGGAGAAGAGAGUUCACCUGUUCAUACAAGCACUUUUCUUUCAAAUACUUUAAAAAAGAAAUGUGAAGAGAGUGAUUCCGAGUCACCUGCUACUUUCAGCACUGAAGAGCCAUCCUUCUACCCCUGUACAAAGUGCAAUGUGAAUUUUAGGGAGAAAAAGCACCUCCAUAGGCAUAUGAUGUACCAUUUAGAUGGGAAUAGUCACUUCCGUCACCUCAAUGUUCCACGGCCGUACGCUUGUAGAGAGUGUGGGCGAACAUUUCGUGAUCGAAAUUCACUUCUGAAACACAUGAUUAUUCACCAGGAAAGAAGGCAGAAAUUGAUGGAGGAAAUUCGUGAAUUAAAAGAACUUCAGGACGAAGGGAGGAGUGCACGGUUACAGUGUCCGCAGUGUGUGUUUGGCACCAAUUGUCCCAAAACUUUUGUGCAACAUGCUAAAACUCACGAAAAAGACAAAAGGUACUACUGCUGUGAGGAGUGUAACUUUAUGGCAGUGACUGAAAAUGAAUUGGAGUGCCACCGAGGAAUUGCUCAUGGAGCAGUGGUGAAAUGUUCAGUUAUUAAUUCUGAUCUCGCUCAGAGAAAAACGCAAAAAAAGACUUCUGUGAAAGACCCUUUGACAGAGUCAUCCAAAAAACCAGCCACGUACAUGUGCAAGUUGUGUGCUUUUACUACAUCUGCUCGAAAUAUUUUAAAAAAACAUAUGGAAUAUUUGCAUCCAUCAUCAUGCAUCGAUCCAUUUGGGAGGCCACUACGAUUAGAAAAAAAGGGGGAUAUUCUUGAAGAACCUUUAGAUUUUGGCAGAACUAAGUCAUUAGUUAAGGAACAGACACCCACAUUUCCAAAGAACUCUGUUUUAAAACAAGAUGUAAAACGAACAUUUGCAUCAGCAUCUCAAUCGAGCAGUUUUUCAAAACUCCAUAAGAGGACACAUAGAAUACAAAAAGCUCGGAAAAGUGUCUCCCAGGCAGGUGUAAAUGUGUGCAAUCAAAAUAAUUCUCCUCAUAAGACUGUUAUGAUUAAAAACAGCAUUGACCAAAAACCUAAAUAUUUCCAUCAGACAGGGAAACAAAAAUCUAGUGUCAAAACAAGUAGUAACUAUUUAUAUAGACACAAAUAUGAAAAUUAUAGAAUGAUUAAAAAGUCAGGUGACCCAUAUCCUUUGCAUUUAAAAAAGGAAGAGGCCAGUUCUCUACAUGUGUUUUCAUCAUCAGAUAGUUCCCACAACAAUUGUUUUAUUAUGGAUUCUCAUAAUCUUGAUCCAAAAAGGCCAGAAGAUUUCAAAGACUAUAGGCGUGUAGCUGUAAAAAGAGUAGUUAAUGAAUCUAAGAUGGAAAGUUCUGUUGUAGGAGAGGAUUUAGACUGCUAUCCAGAUUUUUUGCAUAAAAUGACUGUUGUUGUUUUGCAAAAGUUAAAUUCUGCUGAAAAAAAAGAUAGCUAUGAAACAGAGGAUGACAGUUCAUGGGAUAAUGUUGAGCUGUGUGACUAUACUACACAGUCUAUGGAAGAUGAAUCUUACAGUGAUGUUAAUCGGGAAAAUGUAAACUUAUUCCCUCUCUUUAAAAAUAAAGUAGAGGGUCAAGAAGCCGGAGAAAACCUUAGUUUUGAACAAAACGAUGGCUUUUUUUUUGAAUAUUAUGAAGAUGCUGAAACUAGCAACUACUUACAUGAGAUACACGAUCCUCAACAUUUAGAAAAUGCAGAAACAUCAUUGCCAAAGCAUAACUCCGUUUUCCAUUGGACUGAUUUGUCUCUAGAGAAAAAAUCUUGUCCAUACUGUCCAGCAACAUUUGAAACUGGUGUUGGGUUGUCCAAUCAUGUCCGUGGGCAUCUACAUAGAGCAGGUUUAAGCUAUGAAGCCAGGCAUGUUGUUUCUCCGGAGCAAAUAGCCACAAGUGAUAAAAUGCAGCACUUCAAAAGGACGGGCACAGGAACUCCUGUGAAACGAGUUAGAAAAGCUAUAGAGAAGUCUGAAUCUGCUUCUGAGCACACUUGUCAGCUCUGUGGUGGUUGGUUUGAUACUAAAAUUGGGUUAUCAAAUCAUGUGAGAGGACACCUGAAAAGACUUGGAAAAACUAAAUGGGAUGCUCAUAAAUCUCCAAUAUGUGUUCUAAAUGAGAUGAUGCAAAAUGAAGAAAAAUAUGCAAAAAUUUUAAAAGCAUUGAACAGUCGCCGUAUUAUUCCCAGACCAUUUGUAGCUCAGAAACUUGCAUCAAGUGAUGACUUUUUAUCUGAAAAUGUUAUACCUCUUGAAGCAUACCGUAAUGGCCUAAAGACUGAAGCUGUAUCAGUGUCUGCAUCAGGGGAAGAAGGGCUGAGUUUCCUAAGUGAAUCUGAUGAAACAAAAGCAGAACUGUCCAGUGGAAAAAAAAAUCAGUCUCUAACUCUGAUAGAACUUCUGAAAAAUAAAAGAUUGGGAGAAGAAAGGAAUCCUGAUAUUUCUCCUCAAAAGAUCCAUAAUCAAACUGCAAGAAAAAGAUUUGUUCAGAAAUGUGUUCUUCCAUUAGAUGAAGAUGGUCCAUUGAUGUAUCAGCCACAAAAAAUGGAUUUGACUGUGCAGUCAGCCAUAGAUAGUAAGCAAAAGAAGUCAAGAUCAAGAUCUGGAAGUAAGAAAAAAGUACUGCCGUUACCUCAUGGUGCUGAUGAUAUUUACAUUCUGCGAUGCAGGUUUUGUGGCCUGGUCUUUCGAGGACCGUUGUCUGUUCAGGAAGACUGGAUCAAGCACUUACAGCGACAUAUUGUGAAUGCUAAUCUUCCACGGACUGGAGCAGGCAUGGUAGAAGUCACAUCACUACUUAAAAAGCCUGCUUCUAUUACUGAAACUUCAUUUUCUUUAUUGAUGGCAGAAGCAGCAUCAUAGAACAAGGAAACCUUUUGAAUCACAAAUUUGAAUUGGAUGUAAAUUUGAAAUACUUUGUCAUUUUUUUUUAAAGUUGCUACAUUAAAUUAUCUGUUUAUAAAUCCUAAAGCAGGAAAACGGGGAAAGUGAAUUACAGUGACAUCAGAGCAAAUUGAGUACUUUAAAGCAGUUACAGUAAGUAGUCUUUAUAUUUUAUAUAGGGUGGAAGAUGUGUUUUUAAGGUUUACUAAGUUUUUGUCACUUAACUAACUGUGUCCAAUAUCAAUAACAAGAUCAUUACACGUAAGCAGCCAUUUAUCAAUUUGUUGCACAUGGGUACUUAGAGACAGACUUUAUUGAAAAAUUAUGUUCUCUGCAGUGUUACCAGAAUCACAGCUCUGUUUUUCCCCAAAAAAAGGACUUGCAUAGUAAAAUAAGAUAUUAUAUUUUGUUUGUAUGUAUGUAGUGUUUUGUACAAUACCAGGAACUGCUAACUAAAUUCACUCAAUUUAGGGCAUUAAAUAUCAUGUACUUCAUAGUUUAAGAGACUGUUCACUCAGAUAGGGCAAUGAGUACUAUUCUAUCUAGAUGUGUAAGUGUUUUUUAAAAAAUGACAUGAAAAGGUUUUUUUUUUGUACUAAAAGUGGAGGGAGAUUUGUUUAAACAAAUAUUUCUAAAAGAAAUAUGUACAUAGUACUGGAAAUUAUUUGUGGUAAGGAAAUAUUCUUUACUCCAGUUGCAUUUCUCAGACAAUAAAGUGGUGCAUCCAUGCUACCUCCUACUUUGUCAACAAAGAUGCUAUUUACCCUUUACAUUUUUGUAUCAUAAUAGAUUGAAAUCUAACUCUUUAUUGCAAGACAUCCUUUUGUUAACAGACUUGUUUCUUUUUUGAUGUUUUACUUAAAAUUUGACUUGCUUACAAGACGGUUUUGCCUCUUUACUACUUUAUUUAACACUGUAGAAAUGUACUACUAAUAAUAAAUGAUGCUCACUACACCAUUUAGAAUAGCUUUUUUCAUUUAUAAUUUGUUCCAAAUUUGAUCAUUUCAGCAAAAUUUAAUACAUCAAUUGAAAUGUUUCUACAUAUGAAGAGAAUGUUUACAACUUAAAUUUUAGAACUUGUUUUGGAUGUAAUUAUAUGUACGAAAAUUGUGUAACACUAUGCUCAUGCUAAGGACCGCCGUAAUGGAAUUACUGAAAUAAAUGUGCUGUGAGGAUAGAAAAUAUGGUGCAGAUGUCUUGGUCAUGAUAAAUUGUGAAUGUUUAUUUACAGUGUUUCCAAAAGUGAUCUAAUUUUUAUCCAGUAAAUCAGAUUUCUUUGCAAAUACCAGUUUUUGUAUUCAAGUACCAUUUCAUUUUAUUCAUAUAGGAUGGCUAAUACUGUAGUUAGACCAAGGAUAUGCAUUGAUACUUUCUUUAUUUGUAAAUAAAACAGUUAAAAUGAGGUGUAUUUUGGUAGAGUAUAUACAUACCUCACUGCCAGUGAAAUUGCUUUCUUAUGGUAUAUCUCCUUACCAGAAAAAUCUCUAAAUAAAAAAACGUUUAAAGAAA